GAUCAAUCAAUUUUAGAAAUAUGGGACUAUUCCGAAUGCUGGAUUAAAAGCAAACGUUUGAACUUUAAAAAUCCUACUUCAAUGUACUCAGAGCAAACUAGACCAUGGAAAUUAAUAUGUUAACAUUGUUGUAUAUUAUACACAUUUCAUUUCUGUUAAUUCUUACUGCAGAUUCCAAAUCAAAAACAGAAUGUACGCUGAAGUUUAAACAACCGAGACAUGGUCAAAGGAACUUACGUAAAACUGCCAAGUUACUAACAAUAACAUUUAAUUUAGACAACGCCACAGGGCUCCCAAAUUCUGUUAUUGAAGAUAGCGAUUUAUUUCGACCGUUACAAUGGAAACGUGUCUCAGGAACUCACGGAAACGGGCUUCUGCAAUUAAUACCAAUCUACGAAAUGCUUUCACUAUCGCUUCUUAGCUAUGAAACUGAAGAUUCGUUCAUUGAAUUACAAUCUAAACCGCCAGGUUGCAUUACUAACCUGACAGAAUUGGAAUACGAAAUAGUUUUUCGGAAGUUUUUGUUGAAUUUUACAAAGGAAUACGAGGAAAUAUGUAACGAACAUAUAGAAAAUAUAUCUGGAGAAGCUGAAUUCUAUUAUGAAUGUUGUCAUUAUGAUUAUAACGGAAAAAUGCAGUGUAACCGUGUUUUGAAAAAUAAAUGGAUGAGGGCUAUACAUUAUUGCUCUUACAUAGUGAUUGCAAUUGUGUCGUUGUAUUGCCCCUUGUUAAUUCCGCCAUCCUUGUAUAAUCCAAAUUUUGGUCCGAAACAGUUUGUUCAUUGUCUUAAAGACCCUUACACUUUCACUGUAAGUAUAACCCGAACAAACUGUUGGACGGAAAUAUGUGAAAGAUUUAAUAAACUAAUGAAUAUUGAAAAAAAAUAUGUACCAUACUCCAAAUUCGAAAAUAUGACCAAGUUUAAAAAAGAACUUAAAAAAAUUGACGAUGAAAACAGCCAUCAAUUCAAAUUGUCAAAGGUGUAUUUCAAUGUCCAUCCCUACGAAAUUGUUGCCGAAAAUGAAGUCCCGACAAGCCUAUUUAGCGCAUUACGUGAUCUUUUGUUUGGAUGCGGUAUAGAAAAUGAUGAAGGUGUGGGAAAAUGUUGUCGAACAUUCGAUAUAAGAGACAAGGAAGUAUGUUGUAAUAAAUGUAGAACAAAAAAAAUGAAAUGUGUGACAGCAUGUUGUAAAAAAUGCAAAAUAAAAAAUCAGGAAGGUGUGAAAGCUUGUUGUCAAGCAAAUAUCUUUGGUAAAUGUGUUAGCAUGAAAUAUCCAUGGUACAAGUUAUUGCACUUUUUACUUCGCUUCGUUUUAUCAGUAGCUAUAUGCCUACCAUGGAUUAUACGUGUUUGUAUAUUUUAUGUUUACGAAUACGAUAUACGGGAAUCAAGACACAAAGCAGCAGAAACAAGAAAUUUUCUUGUGCGUAUUGAGAACAAUGUAACCUAUUACGGGACACCAAUUCAUGUUGUAUUUAUUUUGUCAUAUGCUCUCAUGUGCUUUGGUUACUUAUGUGAAGAAAUGACCAGUGUAAUUCCAAUCAAGAAUAUUACAAGUUUACUUCGGAAAAUUCUAACAGAAAUUUUUAGUGGUAUGUGUAAUCGGUCCAAGGGGAAAGUUAUUCGAUGGUCAAUAAAAGUAUUAUUGAAGCCCUUUACUGUAUGUGGAAUGUUUGGAGUAGUUUUUGCAGUACCGUACUGGAUAUUAGCAGUACCUUUUACUUUCACCGUAUCUGCAUACUAUUUAUUUCCGACAGUUCAUAUAGCUGUUAACUUUUUAUGCUUAUUUCUAAAUAUUUUUCGAACGUGCAAUUGAAUUUGGAUAAAAUCUGGAAACAAAUAGAGGUUGAAAACCGUUGUUAUCGUUUUUUCAGUUUUCAAGAUAUCUGUUCUGACAAAGGAGAGACCCCAACGUCUCACGAAGAUACAGAUAAUGUUGAACAACAAGAAAAUACAACGUCACACGAAGAAACAAGUGACCAACAAGAGACGAAGCCAAAUUUACAAUUAUACAAAAUUGGAUUGAUGUUUUUUUUACUUUGUUUGAUGUUGUCGUCUGUGCUGCUGACAUUUGAAUUUGUUAUAUUUUUGAUGAAGGUAGCGACAUAUACAAUGGUUGGACUAAUUUUAAAUUCGUCACAUGCCAUGCAGUACAUAUCGACCAUUUCUUUAGCAUGGUUGUACUACAAUAGAUGUUUUGGUGGAAUUAGUCAGAUUUAUAAGAACUUUAAUAAAGCUGUUCAAAGCAUUCUAUAUACGGUAAACGACUUCGAGCGGACGAAAUAACAAAACAAGAAAUGAAAGAACAUACAAACAAAGCAUUAAAAGUUACUAAUAAAAGUAUGUGCAGAUCAAUCGGUACUUAUGAUGGAGAUGCUAAAUUCAAGACAAAUGGCGUAAUUUUAUUGUUUGAUCAAUUUGAUAAACAAUAUACAACAAAACAAUUCUUCUUCAACAUUUGUGAAAAUACACCAGAUGGCCCUGGACCAUUCAGUAAACACUUUUGUAUAGCCCUGAGACAAUUUUUCGUAAUUUUCUUAUUCUUAUUAUUCGUGACGCUUGUCGUAUUAGCUUUUGGUGAUUCCUACAGCGUAUCUUUUCCAAACCAGCUGUUAGCAACUCUGGCCGGCGGAGUUGUGCCCUGGAUUCUUAUGAAAACUAAUAUAUUAUUCUCACAAGCUGACCCGCCUGACGUAGAUGAAAUUUGUGAAAGAUAUUUUUACAAACAGAAAAAUCCAACAUCAAACUCCUCUGAAAAUAGUGAAAGUAAUGCAGAAAGAUUGUUUAAGAAGACUUUUGACAACGAAAUUGAAAAAGACAGCAAAUGGUGGAUCAUAGGUGAUAUGGAUGUGGCCGAUGAUGAGAUUGAUGAUAUGACUGUGACUGUAGAACCAACUAAAGAAACAAAAAAGAUGGUUGAUAUUACUGUGACCGUAGAACCACCCGAAGAAACAAAAAAGAUGGUUGAUAUGACUGUGACCGUAGAACCACCAGAAGAAACAAAAAAGAUGGUUGAUAUGACUGUGACCGUAGAACCACCCAAAGAAACAAAAAAGAUGGUUCAUAUGACUGUGACUGUAGAACCACCUGAAGGAACGACAGAGAUUGGUUUUAUGAAUGCGACCGUUAAACCAGAUGAAGAGAGAAAAGGUGUUUUACUUGUAUGGAAAGGGAGAAAAUCAACGUGCACGAAAAGAAAAGCAGUGGAGGAAAUGACAGAAAAAAAGUACGAAGAAAAAGAGCUGAUAAAAAAAGACCAAUAGCUGAUAAUUUUCAGUUAGUUACAAUCACCAAUUUUCGAAAAAAAAUAACGUAACUGCAAUAUUUAUCAAGACAUUUUAUUUUUGAUAAAAUUACGAUUGUUAAAAGGGAAAACAUAAACCACUGAACCCCUAUUGGCAGAUGCGCACGCCUCUUUGCUAAGUUCUACACUCUCAGACAGGAACAAAUUAACGGCGUUAUUUAGGGAAAGUUUUGCAUUUUCGUUUGUUUCAAAAAAACUUCUGGGUUGAAUACAUUUUGGUCCAGUCCUGUUGAAAUAGGUUAAAUUUGUAAGGCAAUUUUGUUUAUUCUACCAAGGAUUCUGCAAUUGAUUUAGUUCACUACUCGAUAUUUAGGGAAAGGGUGAUGCUUAAAUUUAGUUUGACUUCAUUUGUUGUGUGGCCAAAAUAAGAAGCAUUGCAAGCUGUAUCGAAUGAGACUCAUCAUACAAUUUGUUCCUGCUUGCGCAAAUUAAAUGCCGUCAGUUUUCUUUGU